UUUGAUAAUGGCGACACCCACUAAGGAUAAAGACAACUUCGAUGAUUUGUUAACUUGCACGAUUUGUUUGGAAACAUUCAAAGUUCCGAAGUAUCUACCAUGUCUUCAUACCUUCUGUGAAUCAUGUAUUAAUACCUACAUUGUGUCAUCUGUGAAAAAGGGAAAGAUAACCGAGGGAUUUACAUGUCCUGUUUGUCGAAAAAUUGUAUCAGCAGUGGAAACAUUAGAAAGACCAGAAUUAUGGGCGACCACGUUGCCUACAAAUCAUUUUGUAAAAUUAAUGUUAGAUAAACGAGCAAUACAGAAGGCAGAGAAAAUGUGCAAUUCGUGUCAGUUAAACAAAGAAAGUACAAAAGCAAACAGCUGGUGUACUAUUUGCGAGGAAGCAUUCUGUGAACAGUGCGAAAAAUGUCACAAAAAUUUUAAGAUGACAGCAAGACAUAAACUUCUAAACAUUCAAGAAAUGAAGUACGGUGGUACACCUUUUGAAGUAUGUGAGGUACAAAGCUGUGACGAGCAUCCAGGAAAGAUCAUAGAAUUUUAUUGUUUGGAUCAUUCUCAACCUUGUUGCACAUCAUGCGCAACACUUUCACACCGUAAAUGUGAAAAUGUCACUUCAAUCCAAAAAGCCGCUUCCGGUAUCAAACAGUCAACGAGAGCAUCGAGUUUAUCACAAAAAUUAAGAGAGAACGUUAUUCAGAUAGGUGAAAUUAUUGAUGAUCGUAAUAAGAAUUUAGCUGAUAUUGAGAAUUCAACAGGAGAGAUUAAGACAAGAGUGGCUGAUAUCAAAACUGAAAUUUUAAAGCAUUUAGAUCGAAUAGAAGAAACCCUGUUAACCGAGUUGACCUCAACCACGAAGCAAGUUGGAAUAGAAUUAAAAGACGAAGUUGGUAUGCUUUCGUCUUAUAGUAGCGCUGUUAAAAAAUGGAAAACAAUGAUAGACAGUGUUCUGGAUCAUGGAUCCGAUCAGCAAUGUCUGAUGGAAAUUAAUAAAAUCGAACCUAAAAUCUUCGAACUCCAGCAAGAAAUGAAAGAUUUGAUAAAACAUAUAAAGAGUGUAUCAGUUGUUUUUAGUCCUUCCUCACCUAUUACAGAUUUUAUCAAGAAUGCCCAGACGUUUGGAAGAAUUAAAGUUGAUAAAUCCACUGUUAGUUCUUUGAAUGGUAACAUUGAGAUGAAAGAAGAAAAAGUCGACUUCCGCACUGGAAAUAUUAACAUUCUACAAGUUAUCGACGUGUGUAAUGGUACCGGAACUACCUCUGGAAUAUUUGUACAAAACCUUUUACUUUUUACAUUUCGUGGGAAGAACAAAGUAGUGAAAUAUGACAAUGGCGGACAAAGUUUGCUAACAGAAUUGGCACUUCCAGAUUCACCGGAGGACAUUGCUGUGGUAACCCACUUCAAAGUUGCUGUAUCCAUUCCUCCGCAUGCAAUAUGUUUAAUAGAUAGUGAUAAGAUGGCAUUGUUACAAACUUUGAAUUUUCCAGGUAUACCAGUGUAUGGGAUAAGCUUUGUCAAUGAAGAAAUUUUUAUUAUUAGUCAUGGUUCCACGGUUACAUGGAUAAAUCUGUCAUCAGGACAACAAGUAAAUCAAAAGAGGACCAGUGGUCAAUCGUACUUUGUGUUAUCAUUAUCACAGACCGAUUACAUGUAUGCUGACAGUUACAAUUCAGUCGAUUAUGUAGUCGGCAAUACGAAAAAAUUUACUUAUACCAACUCUGAAUUUAUUUAUCCUAGAGGACUAGGAGUAGACUGUAUGGGCAAUUUAUACAUUGCAUCAAAUAGUUCUAGAAACAUCCACCAAAUAACGAACACAGGAGAAUUCAUAAGACGAAUUCCGGCUUCAGCCGUAGGAAUUGAAAAGCCAUGGACAAUACGUUUUGCACCAGGAAGCAACAAAUUCAUCGUCACAUGCAUUAGUUCUGGAAAGGCAGCAUUGUGUGAAAUUGUAAGCUAGUAAUUUUUGAUUAAUAAGACAAAAUAUCACAUUUGCCCAUAUAGCAUGUCAAUGGAAAAGCUGAGGUUUAGUUCCGCAAUUAAUGAUGGACAGUUCAUUUGCAGAUCAUACAUGUUUGAGUUCUGGCAAAACAACAGUAUGUGAAUAUGUUUAAAUACCAUUUAUAGAUUAAAAAAACAUUUUUUUUUUCAAAUUAUCAGUCUAAGUACCAAAUGUGUAUCAUAUAUGUGAUUUAUC